AUGGACACUGAAGUGGAAGCUAAGCACCCACCUCAACUGCAAAUCGAUGAGGACGACACUCUUCAUAACGUAGACCUCACUUCUCUAGGCCAGCAACCAGUACUAAGUUUCCACAGCCCUGGAGAAGAUGAUGAAGAAACAAAGCCAACCACAUCUGCAACAUGCUCUGCUGAAGCUUCCUCAAUUGAGGAGCAUCCCCCAAACCAGCCAGAAGGAACAGAGCUUCAUAAAAGACAAACACGUUCUUUUUCUGAGACCACACAUUCAUUUAAAGAUUGGAGCGUCCAACACCUCCAAGAAUCUCAGAAAAAAAUUGCCAAAAAUGGAGAGACCCUUCUCUCAUCAAUGAAGUUCUUUGUGUCCAAUGUACACACUCUUUCAGCAAAAGCUAUGGAAGACACACUUAUAACUGCUAAAGCAUAUGAGACUACUCGUGUACUGUACGAUGCAUAUAGGAGUGACUUAGAAGCUGUCCAGAAAGCAGCCAAUACCUCACAGGCUGCAGCAGCUCGUGUUCCAGCUGUAAGAGCUGAAUUUGAAAAACACAAGAAACGUUAUGAACAAUUACGUUUUGACUUGGACAUCAAAAUGAAAUUACUUGAUGAAAAUAGGGUAUGA